AUUAAGCUUUUAUGGCAGAGGCGAUUAUGUCGUUGUAGUUUAUAAAAUUGUUAUCUUACGGUGAAAGCGAAAAUUUUCAAUUAUUGUUAUCAUCUGUGUAAGAUUAAUCGGCGAGGUAAAGUAAGCAAGUUUUGUCGGAUCAUUAUUAGUUCUCUGCAAAAUUUUGUAGUGUAAAUAGGCAGUGGCAAAGGUCGAAAGCUUUUAUUAAAUUUAGUGAUGAUUGGUAUACUAGAUAAACUGUGUGCUGCAUCAAAAAGGAGUAAUAAUGAUACUAAAGAAGAAAAACCUAGUGUACUGGUCCUAUUCCUAGCUGAAGUUGUUGGAACUGCUAUGCUCAUAUUUUUAGGAUGUAUGGGAUGUGCAACAGGAAUGGUAGAUAUGGACGUGUUACCUCACUGGUCAGGUCUAAACUUUGGGCUAACAGUUAUGACUGUGAUUCAGACAGUGGGUCAUAUAUCCGGGGCUCAUCUUAAUCCACAAGUAUCUCUGGGAGCAGUUAUUUUGGGCAAAUUAGACAUACUGCUGUUUCCAGUGUAUUUGGUUGGACAAACAUUGGGUGCCUUAGCGGGUUUUGGUUUAUUAUGGGUACUGACUCCCAGUGACUAUCAUAACGAAUUGUGCAUAACAAAACUUCAUACGAAACUGAAUGUAUACCAGGGUUUAUUUGUGGAAGUAGUCAUAACUGCACUUCUUUUGAUGGUAUGUGCAGCAGUUUGGGAUCACAGAAAUUCUAGAAAUACUGAUUCUACGCCUGUUCGUUUUGGAUUGUUUAUUGCACUUAUGUCAAUGGUCGCGGGUCCAUAUACGGGAGCAAGCAUGAAUUCAGCAAGAAGUUUAGCUCCAGCCAUACUUACCAACAGUUGGAGUAAUCACUGGAUAUACUGGGUGGGUCCAACUGUAGGAGCUGUUCUCGGUUCUGGAUUUUAUAAAAUUGUCUUCUACCAAUCAAUUCCUAUAAUAUGAGUGGAACAUUCUUAAAUAGAUACUGUUAAACUUAAUAAGAAGGAUCAGAUUGUUAAUUUUAUUAAAUUGAAAUGUGAUCUGAAAUGUGCCAUAGAAAAGAUGUACAAAUUAGCCACACAUUUUUUUACAUUAAAAAUAGAAAGGUAUUUUAUUA